AUGGGUUACGAAUUCAUACAAAAACGACCAAGAAGAGAAUUAUUUCAGAUGUUGUACUUAACUGUAAGAAAAAAAUUGUCAAAUGAAGAAGUUGACGAAGCAGUUAAUGAUAAUGUUGAUAAUGUUGUUAAUGAUAAUAUCAGAUACUGGAGAGGCCCUAAGCGUGCAAAUAGCUACAGCAAACUCAAACGUACUUAUUCUAAUCCAGCAAGCAAAAUCCUUACACAUCGUGACGAAUUUUUGCUAAUUUUGAUGAGAUUACGUUUUGGCAACGCUCUUGUUGUAUGGCUACCAAGAGAAGCGAUUAGAGACAAUUUACCUGAUACCUUUAUUAAAACUGGACACCCGAAAUACAAAGUAAUUAUUGACUGUACUGAUGUGUUCAUUGCAAAACCAAAAUCUUUACUAAACCAAGCAGCUACAUGGUUUCAUAACAUUUUAUUUUACUGUUAUGGUGGUCGGGCAAGCGAUCGAUAUAUAACAAAGGAUAGGGGGUUUUAUGAAUUGUUAGAACGGGACAACAAAGUAAUGGCUGAUAGAGGGUUUCAAAUAAGAGAAGAACUACUGUUAAAAUUUUGUAGCUUGAGUGUUCCACCUGGUGCUAGAAUUAAAAGUCAGAUGAUAUCAAUUGAGUGCAAGAAAACUAAAGAAAUUGCCAAUCCACGAAUACAUGUGGAGCGUGUUAUCAAUCAUGUAAAGUUCUACCCCGUCUUGAAAACUGUCUUACCUAUUACUAUGAUGCAGCAUGGUGAUGACAUUGUCAAGGCAUGUGCUGCUCCAUGUAAUCUUAAGCCCAGAUUUAUGCGUUAA